UUCGUAGUCUCGUCUCUCAGUUAAUUAAACUCUCACAAUCAGCUCUCAGUCUCGCAUGUAAGUAAGAUUGAGAGUAAUAGGUGACGGUCGUUUUACAAAUUUUUUUGAAUGAGUUGCGCCUGAAGAUUAUGUCCAGGUCCUGCAACAAAAGUUUCGCUUUGCUGCCUCAAUUAGACGAGCUGUGCGAGAGUCCUCGACUUCUUGGGGUAGAUUCCAUUGUUCGUUACUUCCCGUCCAGCAACGGAAACGGAGCCGCAGUUGACAGAAUCAAACCUCUGACUCCGUAUUUUAACAAGAAUUUGCUCAAGAUGAACGCAGAAUUUGAAGACAGCGAUGACGACGUGUGCUUUGGACCCAUCACUUUAAAGGAAUUGAGAAAAGCGUCGAAUGUGAAGAAAAUAAUACGUGAACGUGAUAGUGUUGCUCCUCAAAAAACCUUUCUGGAAGCCCUUGAAGAGCAAGCAGCAAGCAGUGAGGAGUUGCCCUCCAAUACUGAUGCCAACUCAGCUGGAAGCUCUGCUCCGUGCCCAAGCCCUGUGAAGGACCAAGAACUUAUCGCGCAGGACGCGCUUGUUGAAGAAUUCAGUUUGGAGGAGUCCCACUUUUCUGGAUGCAACCUGUCAAAUCUGAAUCUCAGCUUUGAAAGUGGUGUCUCCGCGCCAGUGCCUGCAGCAACAGCCAAUGUCGUGUCUUCAAGUGAAGAUGGCCUUUACACCUUGGCCUUCAUAUCCGACAUGGCCAAAAAGCUUGAAGUAGGAGAAGGGCCAGCCACUCCUGCCAAGAGCUCUGAUGUACCAAAACCUGUCUAUAGUCCUAUUUCUCCUGCUGAGACAACUCAGUAUUUGGAUGCAGAGAAUGCUAAGGAAUCCAUGGAACACAGCUCAGCUCAGUGGCAUGACGCAGAGACUGGAGGCAAAGAUGUGGAGGAUUUGGAAAAUAACGAUAAGAAGAGGAUUUCAGAUAUUUCUCUUCUGAGUGAUGAGACUGAGAUUUUUGAUGAAUCUACAGAUGAUAAGGAUGACACUGCAGAGCUUCUGAAUGACACAAUUGGCAGGAUGGAAAUGUUACUCAGCAUGGGAGUUGAUUUUCUGGAGGCCGAAGAGAAUCGAGAAGAAGAGAAUGAUAAAGAAGAGCCACAGAACAACUCAAAAUAUUUUGCAACACCUCAACCGAAAGCUCAAAUUGCUGACAUUCUGGAAGAGUAUGCUGUGCCUCGAAGCCCUACCCAAUCAAAGCAACCCCCUAAAAAGUUUUUCCAAACCCCAGCAGCCUUCAAAACCCCCCAAAAUGCCAAGAUCCAGCCCAAAGACAAGAGCAACAGCGCUGGUAACUCAAGGGUCGACCUUGCCAAACAAGUGCAUGUGAGCACUCCCUUCAGAGUGCCGAAGAGCAAUGAGGCAAGAUCUGCGGACUUCAAGUUGAAGCCUGGAUCAAACUCAAAAGCAAAGUUUCCUGUAGACUUACAACUUCACAAAGUUAACUCUUUUGGGUCACGCCUGCCAAAACCAGUCCGAGCAUUCCAGAAUAUCACCAGUCCAGUCGGUCAGUACAUUCAUGGACCAGUUGUGGCUCCAAAAAUUGCCAACGCAAAGCCUUCUAGCAGCCCAAGGAUUGUUGGAAAACUCUUCUCAAGCAGCAACACUCCAACUAAAUUGACUCCUAGCAAAUCAGAUAUGGAGAACUUGAACCCAAAUACAUUGCCCUACAUAAAUUACGAUUCAUCGUCAUCCAUUAAAGUGGUGGAGCACAAAGAGAUGCAGCAAAAGACUCUGCCAAACAAGAUAAAGAAGCUGCUCCCUUCCCCUGGAUCUGUGGUUAUCCGUCAUACAGGCCGUGUCAAUAUUCCAGAGACAUCUGACGGUCGUCAUGAGGUUUCAAUUAUGGUCUCCCAAGAUGCUUUCCAACUUAACUUGUAAACGCGUGUCAUAACAAUUUUAAUUUUCUCAUCAAUUUUUAUUUUUACUUGACUUUAUAGCUUUUUAAUGAUAUUGUAAUGUGAAGUAACACUUUCACUCUUAGUCUUAGCUUUAAAACAAGUGACUUGUGAGUGCGAAAGUGAACAGAGAAGUUUACAAAUUCCAUAACAGGAGAAAUGAACAGAAUUGAAUUGAAAGUGGAUGAAAUUUAAUGUGAGCUGUCGUUAACUUCCAACUUUUGAUUGUAAGGUGGUGAAAUAUAAUAUUAGGUUAUUUUUAUUUUGAUAUCUGAACACUAAAACCACUUGAAUUGAAUUUUAAACUUCCCAAAUAAAUGAAAACAUGACUGUAUUAUAAUA